AUCUCUGGAGAAUAUCGUGAUGUUUUAAUCCUGAUAGAGAACAUGUUCAACCCAAAUAGCUCGAUAUUUCGUUACUUUUGAGUCACUGCUCAGUAAACACAACUACUUUAUUUUCUGGUUCGGUUCCAGUCUGGCUGAUGAAAUCUGGGCCGCUCCUUUUCUUUCCCAACUGGUUUUCUGUCCGUUCUGGUUCUCUGUUGUUUGCGUUAAUGAUCCUCCUCACCUGCAGGCUUUGGGCGGAACCGGACUCCUCCCACCGCCGAACGCAGCUCCUUCCACCCGCUGGCUCGGUGACACUUCCUGAUGUACCUGAGCAGGUGAGGAGGAGGAGCAGAACUUUUCUUCAUCAUCACUUCGACCAUUCGCGGCAUGAAAACACAGCAGAGGAUCAGCGUUCGGUUCUCUCCUUCCAUCGGGUCCAGUGUGCCUUAAACACGGACCUCCUUCCGAACAACAGCAGCUACCGAUGAUCUCAAUACGGCACAGGAUCGGUGGUUCAGCAGAGGCUCAUAGAGGUUUCAGGGCAGCGGGCCUCCAGGACUGGAGUUUGACAUCUGUGCUUUAGGAUGACCGACUCUAUGAAAACUCAGCUGGUGAGCGCCAUCCAUCUGCAGCAGGUGGAACUGCAAGAAAAACCUACAGGCAACUCGCAAGGCAACAACAGCAACAGCAACAAUGCUGCAGCAGAUGAGAAGUUCACUGUGGAGGAAGCUGUGGAAACCAUCGGCUUUGGACGCUUCCACGUCCUGCUGUUUGUCAUCAUGGGCAGUGCCAAUAUUGUGGAGGCCAUGGAGAUCAUGCUGCUAGCUGUAGUUUCUCCAGAGAUUCGAUGCGAGUGGCGCUUGGAGGACUGGCAGGUCGCCCUCGUCUCCACGAUGGUGUUUGUUGGCUUCAUGGUUUGUGGAGUUUUGGCCGGUUACAUCGCUGACAGAUAUGGACGCUGGAAGGUUGUGUUUGGAGGUUAUGUGUGGAGCGCCUAUUUCUCUCUGCUCACCUCGUUCGCUCCAACGUAUGGCUGGUUUAUCUUCCUGCGCAGCAUGGUGGGCUGCGGCGUUGCAGGAGUGUCACAGGGGUUUGUGUUGAAGACAGAGUUCAUCCCUGCCAAGUACCGAGCCUACCUGCUGCCUCUGGGCACCAUCUUCUGGAUGACCGGCUCCAUGCUCAUCAUCCUCCUCGGCAUGCUGGUGGUUCCCACUAUGGGCUGGAGAUGGAUGAUCCGGCUCUCCAUCACACCAAGCAUCAUCCUCAUCUUCCUCUUCAAGUUAAUUCCUGAGUCGGCCCGUUACAACGUGUCAGCAGGGAAAGUUGAUGCUGCCGUCAAAACCCUGCAGAGGAUCGCCACGAUGAACCGAGCUUCUCUUCCUCCUGGACGGCUGGUGGAACCCGCUCUGAGGGAACGCGGCAGCUGGAGGGUUCUGUUCAGUCCCACCUUCAGGAGGACGUCCCUCCUGCUCUGGUACUCAUGGUUUGUGGCGUCCUUCGCGUACUACGGCUCAGUGCUGAGCAGUUCAGAGCUGCUGGAGAAAAACCUGCUGUGUGUGAUGAAUGCCGACGCAGAGCAUCAGGUCAAACACCGCCAUGAGAGCGGACUCUGCUACUGCAUCCCCUUUGGAAGCAGCGACUACCAGACGCUACUCAUCAGCUCCCUGGGAGAAGUCGCAUUGGUUCCGUUAAACAUCGUCCUGCUUAACGUGUUCGGACGGAGGAUAAGUCUCACUGUGCUUCAACUGUUAACAGCUCUUCUGUUCAUGAUGGUCAACAUCUGCACAACAAUGUUUGGCUUCACUGUGCUGCUGUUCCUGCUGCGAUCUCUGGUCUCCAUGAACUUUAACGUGGUUUACAUUUACACAGCUGAGGUUUACCCAACCAUAGCGCGAUCUCUUGGGAUGGGUUUCUGCACCUCCUUCAGUCGGAUUGGAGGGAUGAUCGCUCCAUUUAUUGCGCAGGUGCUCAUGUCGCGGUCUGUGAUUCAAGCUCUCACUCCGUUUGCGGUUGCUUGUGUCAUCUGUGCUCUGGGAAACUUUCUGUUACCGAUAGAAACCAGAGGUCGAGCUUUGCUGCAAAUCUCCUGAGGAUUUCCCUGCACAGCUUCUCUUAGAUUUUUUUCUGCGUGUUACUGGACCUGGAAGUCCGGAACGUUUCUGUUCAUAUUCUCAAAGAAACAAGAGUUUAGUGUUUUGCUUCAUGCUGGACUUGUUCACAUCUAAUCAAUCCAGAGUUUCUGCUGUUAUGAAAUACCAGGAGGAAAAACAUCUGUUACAGUCAACAUACUGAAGUUACUGCAAAGAUUGUUCCUGACAGAAACAUUAAUUAUUUUUUUUUAACUUUGUGUUUUCUGCUGUAACAGGUUUUUUUAUUUCAGUCUCUUAAAUGCCCAAAAUAAAGCCCAUUAAUCCAGGUGAA